AUGAAAAUCCUGCAUUUUCUCACUUUACUGCUUUGGCAUUUGACUUGGCUGUCUCUGGAUCUAGUUCCUGGAGUGCUGAGUAAUUCUGAAGCAGGCCAGAGUAAUCCAGGAUCUAAACUAGGUUUGUUAAAAGCAGAAGGAAAAGAGAGGAAUCCCUCAGCAAGAACAGGUACGCUGCGGACUGGAAACCAUGGAUAUAGUACUGGGACUUCAAAGGCUAGGACUAAAAGCAGUGCUGUUCAGGCUGGAGCUCUCCUGGCCAAGAAUGAUGAAUCAAAGAAGGUUCUCUCAAGAACAGCAACCACGGAGGCAAAGGUAGGACAUCUCCCAGGCAGACCUUCUGGAGUAAGGACAGUGACUCCAAAGGUUCAAAAUCUUAGCAGCAAAGCGUCUUUGAAAAAAACUGGCACAAGCAAUGCUGAUACUGGUUCUUACAAAACCAAAAAGACUAAAGAGCCUGUAACCCAAAGGGAAACUAAGGAAACUUUCAGACAUCCCCCUAUAACGCCACAUGAAUACAUGCUCUCUUUGUACAGGACUCUCUCAGAUGCAGAAAGAAAAGGUGUUAAUGGAAGUGUAAAACUGGAGGCUGGACUUGCCAAUACAAUAACCAGCUUUAUAGACAAAGGACAAGAUGAGCGAGCGCCAACCAUAAGAAAACAAAAAUAUAUUUUUGACAUCAGUGCAUUAGAAAAAGAUGGCUUGCUGGGAGCAGAGCUUCGAAUAUUAAGGAAAAAGCCUUCUGAUGCCUGGAAGUCUCAUUCUUCUGGAAAAACUUCCCAAGUGAAAUUAUUUAGUUGCUCCACAAACAGACAAGCAGCUACGCUCCUGGAUUCUCGUACUGUCAGUAUCACAGAUACACCAAAAUGGGAAGUGUUUGACAUCUGGAAACUUUUUAGGAACUUUAAAAACUUGGUUAACUUGUGUUUUGAACUGGAAACUUUUGACAGAGGGAGAGCUGUUGAUCUGAGGAGUGUGGGAUUUAACAGAACAGGAAGACAGGUCAAUGAAAAGGCUCUUUUCUUGGUAUUUGGGAGGACAAAAAAAAGAGACUUAUUCUUCAACGAAAUCAAAGCUAGAUCAGGCCAAGAUGACAAAACUGUUUAUGAAUACUUAUUCAAUCAGAGGCGGAAGAGAAGAGCUCCUCUAGCAACACGGCAAGGGAAGAGGCCUAGCAAGAAUCUGAAGGCAAGGUGUAACAGAAAAGCCCUGCAUGUGAAUUUUAAGGAUAUGGGCUGGGAUGACUGGAUAAUAGCCCCUCUAGAAUAUGAAGCAUAUCACUGCGAAGGGCUUUGUGAAUUCCCCCUUCGAUCCCAUCUGGAGCCAACCAAUCACGCAGUUAUCCAAACUUUAAUGAACUCAAUGGACCCAGAAUCUACACCCCCAACUUGCUGUGUCCCCACCAGGCUGAGUCCCAUUAGCAUCCUUUUCAUUGACUCUGCAAACAACGUAGUCUACAAGCAAUAUGAGGACAUGGUAGUAGAGUCGUGCGGUUGUAGGUAG